AGCAGCAGCAGGAGGCGACAGCUGCCCAGCCGAGGAGGCGCGGCGGAGAGGGGGCUGCAGUCAGCGGAAUUCACUCCAGGCUGCAGACCGGCCCCGCGCCCGGCGACUCGGGGCGGCGGCCCGGGAGGCGGGAGCGGCGCGGCCGCCCGGGAUGUUCCUGGGUACUUCCUGACUGGCUGGCAGCGCGCACAAGGCCGACUCGCACGCCCCGUCCCCCGGAGCUCGCUCGCUCCCUCUCUUGCUGGCUCGCGCGGCCUCACUCUGCGUCGGCCGUGCUGCGGUGGAGGCGCGCGAGGGGGACGCGGCCGGGGAUGAGAGGAUUGCGGGUAAACACGACGCCGACGGGCCCCGAGAGGCCGUGAGAAGCCGGUUUACUCCGAGUCACCGCGCUGCCCUUGGAUUUGAGACCAUGUCCAUUCACAUCGUGGCGCUGGGGAACGAGGGGGACGCAUUUCACCAGGACAAUAGGCCGUCGGGGCUUAUCCGCACUUACCUGGGGAGAAGCCCUCUUGUCUCGGGGGACGAAAGCAGCUUGUUGUUGAAUGCGACCAGCACGGUUGCGCGUCCCGUGUUCACCGAGUAUCAGGCCAGCGCGUUUGGGAACGUCAAGCUGGUGGUCCACGACUGUCCUGUCUGGGAUAUUUUUGACAGCGAUUGGUACACCUCUCGAAAUCUAAUCGGAGGCGCUGACAUCAUUGUGAUAAAAUACAAUGUAAAUGACAAGUUUUCAUUCCACGAAGUGAAGGAUAAUUAUAUUCCGGUGAUAAAAAGAGCAUUAAAUUCAGUUCCAGUAAUCAUUGCUGCCAUUGGUACAAGACAAAAUGAAGAAUUACCUUGUACAUGCCCGCUAUGUACCUCUGACAGAGGGAGCUGUGUUAGUACGACUGAAGGGAUCCAACUCGCUAAAGAACUAGGGGCUACCUACCUUGAACUACACAGCCUGGAUGACUUCUAUAUAGGAAAAUAUUUUGGAGGAGUGUUGGAGUAUUUUAUGAUUCAAGCCUUAAAUCAGAAGACAAGUGAAAAAAUGAAGAAAAGGAAAAUGAGCAACUCAUUUCAUGGAAUUAGACCACCUCAGCUUGAACAACCAGAAAAAAUGCCUGUCUUAAAGGCCGAAGCAUCACAUUAUAAUUCCGAUUUAAAUAACUUGCUGUUCUGCUGCCAGUGUGUGGAUGUGGUAUUUUACAACCCAGAUUUAAGGGAAGUUGUAGAGGCCCACAAGAUCGUUCUCUGUGCUGUGAGCCACGUUUUCAUGCUGCUUUUCAAUGUGAAGAGUCCCACUGACAUUCAGGAUUCCAGUAUCAUCCGGACUGCCCAGGAUCUCUUUGCUAUAAACAGAGACCCUGUCUUUCCAGGUGCUAGCCAGGCGUCUCCAGGCAACCCACCAUUACGAGUCAUUGUUAAGGACGUCCUCUUCUGCUCUUGUUUAUCAGACAUCCUGCGCUUCAUUUAUUCAGGUGCUUUUCAAUGGGAAGAAUUGGAAGAAGAUAUCAGGAAGAAGUUGAAAGAUUCUGGGGAUGUUUCAAAUGUAAUUGAGAAAGUUAAAUGCAUUUUAAAAACACCAGGAAAGAUUAACUGCCUAAGGAAUUGCAAAACCUAUCAAGCCAGAAAACCUCUGUGGUUUUAUAACACUUCCCUCAAGUUUUUCCUUAAUAAACCUAUGCUUGCUGAUGUUGUCUUCGAAAUACAAGGUACAACGGUGCCAGCCCACAGGGCCAUCCUGGUGGCCCGCUGUGAAGUGAUGGCAGCCAUGUUUAAUGGUAAUUACAUGGAAGCGAAGAGUGUUCUGAUUCCGGUUUAUGGUGUUUCCAAAGAAACUUUUCUGUCAUUUUUAGAGUACCUAUACACAGACUCCUGUUGCCCAGCCGGCAUUUUCCAGGCCAUGUGUCUCCUGAUCUGUGCUGAGAUGUACCAAGUGUCCAGGCUGCAGCACAUGUGUGAGCUUUUCAUCAUCACACAGCUGCAGAGCAUGCCAAGCCGGGAACUGGCCUCCAUGAACCUGGAUAUAGUUGACCUGCUCAAAAAAGCCAAGUUUCACCACUCUGAUUGCCUUUCUACCUGGCUGCUUCAUUUCAUUGCCACUAACUACCUCAUCUUCAGUCAAAAGCCUGAAUUUCAGGACCUUUCAGUGGAAGAACGCAGUUUUGUUGAAAAGCACAGAUGGCCAUCGAAUAUGUACUUGAAACAGCUUGCGGAAUACAGGAAGUAUAUCCACUCCCGAAAAUAUCGAUGCUUAGUAAUGUAACCUGAAGCUUUUAUAUAGUACACUUUCGUUUUAAAUUAUUAUUAUGAAGAAUGAGCUACCACUGGGUUCCAGUAAAAUUCUCAUGAUGGAAAACAAUAUGGGAGUUAAAAGAGAAAUCACCAUACAGUCAAUGUGAUUAUUAGUUCUCUUUGAAUAAACGAUUGUGGUCUUAAAAGGGAGCGUGAGGUACCACAGGCUAGAACUAAGGCUUUAACCUAGUGUGUAAAACUGUUGUAAGCUACUUUUUCCCUUUAAGAGGCCCCAUUGCUUCGUGAUAUUAAGACCUCCCAGUUAAGAAAUGUUUAAAUUUUAAAAAAAAGGUAAAUCACACAGGAUUAAUACAGAAAUUUCAUCAUGUCUAAUUGCUCUAUUAAAAUAAGGAGCAUUUAAAGACCCAGUAUGACUGUUUCUAUAAUGAGAAAACU